AUGAGCGAAGAGGAUGAACUGGCUCAGUUGAGAUCGAACGCCGACAACUUAUCCAGAUGUCUUCAUGUUUUAUUAGAAAAAAUUGAAAAUAUCGAGAAGAAAAAUGGAAAAGAACAAGAUGCGAACAGCACAAAGAGUAGCGAAACUUCGUCAUCAAAUAAGAAUGAUGGGAAAGAGAAAUUUGAACAAGUGGAAAUUGAAGAGAAGACUGAGAUUGAUCCAAAAACUGGGCUAAAGAAGAGAACGAUAGUAACAGAAAGAGUUUUAACAACUAAAACUUUCCAUGCUCUUGCCCUCGAUGGACCAUCUCCAACGAUGACUCCGAUUCUCCGUUCAUCUGGAACGAAAUCGCACAAUUAUGCACCGAUUCAUCAAUCUGCUAUCCUUCUUCCUCAAUACCAAUCCAGACAGACAACCGUCGAUGCUGGGCAAUUAUCUCAGGUGGAGGUGGAAAAGCAUGGAGGACAUCUGGUCGUUACGAAAAUCAACGAGAAAGCAAAUUAUGAUUUGAGACCGGGAGACGUUGUUAGGCAAAUUAAUGGAAAGGACGUUUAUUUUCGAGCCGAUAUCGAAAAUUUGAAGGGAAACGUUGAAUUGACUCUCGAACCAGCUGCUAUUCAUUGUGCACCUCCGAAUUUCUUCCGAAUCCAGGACAUUUACAGUUCUGCAGAAGACGCGGAUCGUCCAUGUCUCUGGUUGGAUCUCGAAGUUUCGACAGGAGAUGUUAUACAAAUUUUGAGUAAAGAUGACAAAUGGAUGCAAGUGAGAAAAUUGAGUGAUUUAACGCAAGUCGGAUACCUUCCCGCCAGUCUAGCAAUGGAAAAACUUUCAAUGUUGUGUCCAUUUGGAAGGAGAACUCUUGUUCUUUUGGGAGCAGUUGGUACUGGAAGAAGAGAUAUCAAAUCCAUGCUUCUCCGACUUGCUCCACACUAUUUUUCUACCAUCGUUCCAUUAACAUCUAGAGCACAGAGACCUGGAGAAGUGGAGGGAAGAGAGUAUCAAUUUGUGAGAAAGGAAGCCAUUUAUCAAAAAAUUCGAGAAGGAGGAAUGGUUGAGUGGGGUGAACUCGAUAAUCAGUUGUAUGGAACAUCAGCAGAUGCAGUUCGAAAUGAGGUCAGAAGUGGAAGAAUGUGUAUACUGGAUGCUGCGACUCAGAGUGUGAAUUAUCUUUACAACGCGGAAUUUAUGCCGUUUGUUGUUCACAUAGUAACACGAGCUCAACUUCAAUCCAUUUGUGACGAAAGUGCAAAAAUCGGCCAGGAAUGCAAAUCUCGCAUUCAUCUUACUCUUGUCAAUAGAAAUAUUGAUGUAACAUUUAAACGACUUGUGGAUGCAUUGGAAACACUUCGUUAUGAGACUCAAUGGGUUCCUCACAGUUGGAUGUGCUAG